AUGUUGAUUUCCUUCGUCCUCGGUUACUGUGCCAGCAAAAGCAUCUCAAAGAUUUGGAAAAAGCCAGCUGAUGAGGAAGAACCGGACGUUUUCCGUGAGCCUUUAAAGCUCACCUUGCAACAGCUUUCCACAUUUAAUGGAAAAGAUAAUAAGCCAACAUACACGGCUUUCAAUGGCAAGAUAUACGAUCUGACAUCGUGCAUAAUAAGCCAGGAUGAUGAGAUUUUUCGUCUCAUAGCUGGUUGCGAUGCUGGUCCAGUUCUUCAAAAGACAUACAAAGGCAUGGGCAUCAGCACUUUCGACCCCAUGCGCCGUUGGGAGAUGAUGAUGGAGUCCGAAUGCACUAUUGUCGGUUACUUGAUUGAACAUUAUGACUUUGAAGGUCUGCACUCACAUCAGACUGACGAAGAUGGCGAAGAUGGGUCGACUGUUGUGGACUUGUCGGAGCAACUUAGCGAAUUUUGAUUAUAUUUUGAUGCCAUUUUGAUCUGAAUAAAAUGUUCUUUAGUUACGUUGAAG